CGGACCGCCGCGAGAAAAGGGGCCAAAAGCAAGCUUGGAAGACACUCUUUCGUAUCUUCCCUGUCGAUCGCGUCUUCUGAAAUUUUCGCGUCUUCCGAUUCAGCCUUCGAUCCAAAGGGUCUUCAGUAAAAUCAGCACAUCGAGCCGCUCUCUUUAGAUUUUCUUCUUCUCGUUGAUUUUUCACCUGGAAGUUUUUUUUUCCCACCUUCUUUCUUGAAGUGUUGUUUCCGAUAAUGCUUGUCGCGUUUCACUGAGGCGAAUGGGAAUCUAGCGGUUGGAUUGUUCUGAAAUAUUGUUUCAUUCCAUGUUUCGUUUGUUGAUCUCGAUCGAUCGCCAUUAGAAAAAUUAGGGGCCGCUUGAGAUAAGUUUUCGCUGGAUAAGCGUCAGGAUUCGUGCUGCCAGUUUGUUCUUAGUGAGUUGCUGCUAAAGGUGGAGUUCAGUUGCAAUCUUCCUACGGUGCUGGUCUUUUCUUCCCAAGUGAUUGUGUUCACGAACUAGGUACUGUGAGUUCUAUGUCGGGACCACGCUACUCUGGUGUCGGACCAGCUUCCGGUGAUAUCAACCAGAUGAUCAAAAGCACGGGAAACAUCUCUGGUCCUAGUGUAGGUGCAAGCUCCCUUGUCACGGAUGCCAACUCAGCAUUCUCCGGUGUUUCUCAGUUGCAAAGAAGCACAAGCCUCAAUAACGAGUCAUAUAUGCGGCUUCCUGCUUCUCCCAUGUCUUUCUCCUCGAAUAUAUCAGGUUCUUCUGUGAUGGAUGGGUGCUCUAUAGUGCAGCAGAGCUCUCUCCAAGAACAGGUGCAAAGGCAAGGUCUGUCGACAGCGACAUCUCAGCUAAUAAAGCGAGAGCCACCCAGCGCUUCAAUGAAUGCCCAAAAGAGAGCACGGCUUGAUGGAAUGCAUGAUGAUGCCCUUCAGCAGCAGUUAAUCCAACAAUUGUUGCAGAGAAAUGAGUCCAUGCAGUCACCGCAAGGCCUGCAAAGCCAGCAGCUGCAGGCCAUUUUCCAAGAGCAGAGACUUAUGCAGAAUCAGCAUCAGCAGCUGCAGAUGAUGCACUCACUUUCUCAGAUGCAAAGGCCUCCUAUCACCCUACAGCAACAGCAGCUGCAUCACCUUAUGAAGCCUAAUCUUCCUCCGACUAAUUCUGUCAAACAACCUCUUCCUCUUAAUACUGGGAUAUGUUUUCGCAGGCUUAUGCAAUAUUUGUAUCACCUACGACAUCGACCAGCUGAUAACUCUAUAUUAUACUGGAGGAAAUUUGUGACUGAGUACUUUGCACCACGGGCUAGAAAAAGGUGGUGUUUAUCCUUGUGUGAUAACACGGGAAACCACACAUUUGGUGUUUUCCCGCAGUUGGCUGUGGAUGGAUGGCAGUGUGAUGUUUGUGGUUCUAAAUCUGGAAAAGGAUUUGAAGCCACUUUUGAAGUACUUCCUCGCCUUUUUCAAAUUAAAUGUGACCAUGGUGUUGUGGACGAAAAUCUAUUUCUUGACAUGCCACAUGAGUGCCGGCUAUCUUCAGGAAUUAUGGUAUUGAAGUAUGAAAGAGCUGUUCAUGAAAAUAUUUUUGAACAUCUACGUACUGUUCAUGAGGGACAACUACAGAUAAUAUUUACACCAGAACUGAAGAUUCUAUCCUGGGAGUUUUGUGCACGACGGCAUGAAGAGUUUAUUCCUCGUAGAUUGGUGGCACCUCAGGUUAAUCAAGUUCUGCAAGUUGCUCAAAAAUAUCGAACAGCUGUAACUGAAAAUAGUAGUACUGAAAUUUCACAUCAAGAUUUACAGUCCAGCUGCAAUAUGUUUGCAGCAGCCGGUAGACAGCUAGCGAGAAAUUUGGAUUCACAAUCAGUAAAUGACUUGGGAUUCUCAAAAAGAUUUGUCCGGUGCUUGCAGAUAGCUGAAGUUGUUUGUAGCAUGAAGGACCUGAUUGAUUUUAGCCAGGAGCAGAAGGUUGGAGCAAUUGAGAGUUUGAAGAACUAUCCAAGACAUGCUGCCACGAAGCUCCUGAAAGUGGAGCCAGGGAUGCUGAUGAGUGCUCAUUGUUUGAUAGGCGAACAGUCUCUGGAUAAGGUCGUAAGCAACCAUCCAGGCCUAAGCGGUUACAUAAACAAAAAUCUCACAGCCGGCCAAGUUUUAACCAACAGCCAGCAGAACGUUCAUGCAUCGAACAAUUACCAGAGUUUGCUGAGGAAUCCUUCAAAUUUAAAUCAAAGUAUGUUCUAUCAGGAUGCUUUGAGUUCGCCUAGAGGUUCCAAACACACACAGCCCGCAUCGAUCCAGGGUUCUGCCUCGGCUUCUCUGACCGAUGCAUCUGUAAAUAAGUUACCUGGACAACAGCCACUGCCAUUUGAUUCACAGACCCUGCAGGUAAACCAACACUUGCCGCAGCAUGUGCUUCAGCAGAUGCUGCAUGGAUUGAGGAACAAGAGAACUGAACAGCAAUCCUUCAGUUCUCCGAAUGGCAGCAAUUCACUCCGGAUGGGCGCUGAAGGAACCAGAAUUGGAAUAGAGGUGCAAAAUAUGUCGAAUAACAACCUCCCUGGUAACACUAACCCGGCAGUUCAAAGCAGAAGCAACAGUUUCAAAUCCACUGCCUCUGCUAACAACCCUUCAAUCGGCAGCACUAGUACUAACAGGAGAUCGGACUUGUCUGAGAAUUUGGAUCUGCAAGAAUUCGAAGUACCGUUCAAGAAUUCUUGGCGGACGACAUACUUGAUGGGGAAUCCGGGCGACGACAACUAUGGUUGGAAUGUGGAAGUUGUGAAAAAUGAAAAAACAUCAUGACAAUUCUGAAGUGAAGCUUGAUAUCUGCGUAUGCAAUAUCUUUUCUUAUUUUUGAAAGGGAAUCUAAUCUUUUAAUGAAGUUACGGAAGUUUAUUUUA